GGUUCACACGGAGCUCAUAGGAACCUUCCUGCUGUGACUGCGGUUGUCAGUCGGAACAGUUUGAACGGGACACCGUAGCGACAACUCUGAAGCAGCCGCUUAGCUGAAGCUCCGCGAGGAAGAUGAGCACCAAACAGGUGACCUGCAGGUACUUCCUCCACGGUGUGUGCAGGGAGGGAAGUCGCUGUUUGUUCUCUCAUGACCUGAGCAACAGUAAACCAUCGACCAUCUGCAAGUUCUACCUGAGAGGAACCUGCGCCUACGGAGAACGCUGCAGGUAUGAUCACAUCAAACCCUCAUUCAGAGGUGGAGGGGGAGGAGCUGCAGAGGAUCAGGCAGGUGGAGCAGGAGCUGGAGGCGGAGCUUCAAUCAGAGGUGGAGUGAAGAAGAACGUUGUCCUGAGAGACGGAGCUCUGGGUGUAGACCGGAGUUUCAUGGGUCCACCAGAGGGUUUGUGGUCAGACGUCUCGGCGGCUGCAGCUCCUCAGACGUAUGUGGACGCCAUCAGGACAGGUUUGGACGGAUCUGAGCAGGAGCAAGCCACUCCCCCAGUGGGUGGGACUUCCCAGGACCUCCCCCAGCUGUGUCCCUACACUGCUGCCGGACACUGUUACUAUGAAGACAAAUGUACGUAUCUUCAUGGUGACCUGUGUGACGUAUGUGGGCUGCAGGUGCUCCACCCCCAUGACCCCGAGCAGAGGAGAGCGCAUGAGAAGAUGUGUCUCCUGGCCUUUGAGACGGACAUGGAGAAGGCGUUUGCAGCUCAGCGCAGUCAGGACAAGGUGUGUUCCAUCUGCAUGGAGGUGGUAGUCCAGAAGGCCAUCCCGUCAGAACGCAGGUUCGGGAUUCUGUCGUCCUGCUGUCACACCUUCUGUCUGACCUGCAUCAGGAAGUGGCGCUGCACCAGAAACUUCAGCAACGUCAUCAUCAAGUCGUGUCCGGAGUGUCGGGUGGUCUCAGAGUUUGUCAUCCCGUCAGUCUACUGGGUGGAGGACCAGGAGGACAAAGACCACCUCAUAGACCUCUUCAAGUCUGGAGUCAGUAAGAAGGCCUGUAAGUACUUCGACCAGGGCCGGGGCUCCUGUCCGUUCGGCGGGAAGUGUCUGUAUCUUCACGCCUUCCAGGACGGAACCAGGGCGGAGCCCGAGGCGCCGAGGAAACAGCUGAGCUCCGAGGGGAACGUCCGGUUCAUGAACAGCGUCCGUCUGUGGGACUUCAUCGAGGAGCGUGAGCAGCGCUCUGCCCCGCCCCUGCCGUCCCUUGAUGAUGACAUCACAGAGCUGCGAGAGCUCUUCUUGCAGAUGUCAGGUCCGAGUCAGGAGGGGCCCGAGACCCCCCCCCCUACAGACCAGUAGAGACCAGACCAGUGGUAACCACCUGAGGGAGGCUCCUUGUGUAGUCAUGAAAUAUUAAAUGAUGUGAUCCA